UCUUUAAAUCAAACCCAUGCAUAUAUCCCGUGAGAUCGAUCCCCACAAAAUUAUAUUCUUGAUCAAAACAAUAAUGUACCUCAUCUCCUAGCUAGUUCUAAAUCCUCUUGUAAAUGGUCUCAUAUAUGGCCACUCAUCAUCACCACCAUAUCCUAAUCUACUUAUUAGUCCUCAUUAUCGUAGUCUCCCAUGUCCAAUCUUCAAAUCCAUGGUCAUCUUCCGCGGUUAUCAAAGAGGCUUGCAAGUCCACAAGGUUCCCGACAUCAUGUCAACUUUCACUCAUCAAAUCCGGUCUCGUUUCACCAGAUCAUUCCACCCCUUUUCAAGUACUACAAUCCGCCUUGUCCGUCUCUUCUAAUAACCUUGAAAAAACUAGAUUCAUGAUUCACAAUAUUUUAAAUUAUUCAAAAAAUAAAGAAAAAAACCACACUACUAUUACUACAACUCAACUUUGCCUAGAUGUACUUAGUUACUCUGCAUAUCGUCUAAAAACAGCCGAAAAAUUAUUCCAACAUGUUGUUCGUAUAAAAGAUGCACGUGCUUGGACUAGUGCAGCCUUGAGUUACCAAUUCGAUUGUUUGUCUGGACUAAAGAAAGUUCACCAGACACAAAUGGUGUCAAAAACAUGUUCGUUUAUGAACAACACAUUGUUGUCAUCCACGAGUAAUGCAUUGAGCAUGAUGAUGUCAUACCAAGAAUUUGGGAACAUUACUGAAUUAUGGAGAAGUCCUAAGACGGAGAGGGAAGGGUUUUGGGAGAGUCUGGGUGAUGGAUCUGGAACCUCGGGUCAUAAACCCGGGGUUCCUGGAGGUUUAAAGGCAAAUGUGACUGUUUGCAAAGGUCGUGGUGUUUGUACUUAUGAGAAAGUACAAACUGCCAUAAAUGCGGCCCCGGAUAACCUUGCUCGGGGCGAGCAUUUUGUGAUUGGUAUCAGGGAAGGUGUUUACGAAGAAAUUGUACGUGUUGGGUUUGCAAAAAGGAAUGUGGUCUUGAUUGGGGAUGGAAUGGGUAAAACGGUAAUUACGGGUUCCUUGAGUGUCGGUAAGCUUGGAAUAACUACUUACGACACAGCCACUGUAGGAGUUGUUGGUGAUGGUUUUAUGGCAAGACAUCUAACCAUUCAAAACACAGCCGGCCCGGAUGCUCAUCAAGCAGUAGCUUUCCGGUCAGACAGUGAUUUAUCCGUGAUUGAAAAUUGCGAAUUCAUUGGUAACCAAGAUACUCUUUACGCUCAUUCGCUUCGUCAGCUUUACAAAUUUUGCGUCAUUCAAGGAAAUGUUGACUUCAUUUUUGGCAACUCUGCAUCUAUCUUUCAUAAAUGCACCAUUCUCAUUCGCCCACGCCAGCUUGACCCGGAGAAAGGUGACAAUAGUGUCAUAUCUGCACAUGGGCGGUCUGACCCGGCCCAAACCACUGGGUUCGUGUUCCAGGAAUGUAUUCUCAGUGGCACGAAUGAAUACAUUGAAAUGUAUAGGAAAAAUCCUCAGGCUCAUCAGACGUUUCUUGGGAGGCCAUGGAAAGAGUAUUCGAGGAGUGUUUUUAUCAAGUGUGAAAUGGAUGCAAUUGUUUCGCCACUUGGGUGGAUGCGUUGGGAUGGUGAUUUUGCGUUGAAAACGCUUUACUUUGGAGAGUUUGGUAACUUUGGGUUGGGGUCUAAUACGUCCGCAAGAGUGUGGUGGAGUAGCAGGACUCCACCCGCUCAUGUUUAUGCAUACUCGAUGCAUAAUUUUAUUCAAGCUGACGAAUGGGUAUGCUAACUUAGAAAUUGAUAACUACUGCACUUCGGUAAUAAAACCAUAUAUUUCCUGUUAAAGUUAGAAGAAAAAAAACUCAAAAAAACAAAAUAGAAAAUUUAAAUUAAAAUUGUAUCAAUACAUACAACUUUUGAUAGUAUCAUAGUAUCCAAGCUCGAGUUGACCAA